AUGUUUCCUCUUCGACCACGGUCCAAACUGAAGACAAUUAUGUGUGUAAUAGUUGCUAUCUGGCUUAUAUCUUUUGCUAUCGGGUUGCCGUGUCUAAUUGUUGCUGCAGUGCUUCCAAAAAAACCAGAGUUGAUUGGAAACAUGGGAAAUUAUACAGAAGCAUCCAUUAUCGUAGACCAGUUAACAGUUAGUUCACUUAAUCAAUAUAUAUCAAAUGACUGUGUUCUAAACUGGUCUUCAGAAUGGUCUGAAGCGUAUGAUUACACACUUUUUAUUUUAAUGUAUGUCCUGCCACUGAUGAUACUUGCUGCAACUUACGUUCCAAUUUCAAUACACUUAUGGUUUCAUAGAGGACUUGGAGAAGUAACUCGAGCACAGGCUCAAAAUGUUCGUUCAAAGAGACGAGCUGUGAAAAUGCUCUGCGCUGUUAUGCUUAUAUUUGCAAUAUGCUGGUUGCCGUACCAAUUAAUUUUCAUCAUACUGCAAUUAAACCCAGCAAUAAAAAGUAGUCAUCAUUUACCAGUUGUGUUCAUUUGUUGUUAUUGGUUGGCAAUGAGUAAUUCAAUGUACAAUCCAAUUAUAUACGUUUUAAUGAAUAAAAAAUUUCGUAAAGGAUUUUACACGGCAUUUUCAUGUUUCCCUUGGUGCAGAGCAUAUAUCAAAAGAGAACGAAAGGGGACAACAUAUGAGACAAGAAUAGCUACUCUACAUAACUAA